AUGGCAGACCUGGAGAAACAGGAGCAGUCUGUCCAUCCCGUCCCGAGGAAUAACGAGGGCCCGCACGACGUUUCAUCCUCGACACCAGACAACAACCUCACAAAUAAAGAGGACUCCAGCAGCCAUUCCGACUCCUCCUCGUCGACAGACGCAGACCCCCUUUCCCCGCUGGAACAGGCCCUGAGUCGACCCAUCUCGGCAGCUGCCAUCGAGCUCGAGAUCGAAACCGCACCACUACCAGACGACGACGACGAUGACGACAACGACCAUGCUAACUCGGAGGGUGGCCAUGACGGCCCCGCCAACAACCUCGACCUCACGCGCACGCGCACGUCCCUCGCCUCAGUUGCCUCUCGCCUCCCCGAGUUUGAAGUCACCUUCGAGCCAGACGAUCCCGAGAAUCCAAAGAAUUGGCCGCUGUGGUACAGAGCCUACACCAUCCUGACGGUCUCGUACGCCACCUGGGUCGUCGUGCUGUACUCGACAAGCUACACGGCCGCCAUCCCGGGCGUCAUGGCCGAGUUUGGCGUGUCCAGCCGGCCCGUGGCCACCCUGGGGCUGACGACGUACCUGCUGGGACUGGCCGCGGGGAGCGUCGUGGUUGCGCCCAUGAGCGAGCUGUACGGCCGCCGCGUGGUGUACCUGGUCUGUCUGGGCUGCUUUGUGGUGCUCAUUGUGCCCGUCGCGCUGGCGAGGAGCUUGGCGGCGACGAUUGUUGUGAGGUUUGUUGGCGCGGUGUUUGGCGCAGCCAUGAUCUCCAACAGCCCCGGCACGGUGGUCGACAUCGCCCAGGACGAGUACAUUGCGCUGUGCAUGUCGUUCUUCAGCAUCGCCCCGCUGAACGGGCCCGUGACGGGGCCGCUGAUCGGCGGGUUUGUGUACGAGGACCUCGGGUGGCGGUGGGAGAACUGGCUGGCCAUGAUCCUGGCCGGUCUGGCCGUCGUCAUGCUCGCCAUGGUCAAGGAGACGUAUGCGCCGGCGUUGCUGAAGAAGAAGGCGGCCCGCAUGCGCAGGGAGACGGGCGACGAGCGGUGGUGGUGCCGUCACGACCAGCGCAUCUCUACGCUCGCCCUGCUCAGAAUCAACCUCAGCCGGCCGUUUGUGCUCGCCGCGACGGAGCCGAUCCUCUGGUUCUUCAACAUCUGGAUCUCAGUCAUCUACGGCAUCCUCUACCUCUGCUUCGUGGCCUACCCGAUCGUCUUCACCCAGCACCGCGGCUGGUCCGUCGGCAUGUCCGGGCUGGCUUUCCUCGGCAUCGGCGUCGGCACGCUGAUCGCCAUCGCGAUGGAGCCCGUCUGGCGGCGACUGAUCAACUCGUCACCCAAGAAGGACCCCGAGACGGGACGGGCGGCGCCCGAGGCCACGGCGCUGGUCAUGUGCAUCGGCGCCGUGCUCACGCCGAUCGGGCAGCUGGUGUUCAGCUGGACGUGUCUGCCCGCGUCCAUCCACCCGGCCGUGCCCAUCGCGUUUGGCAUCCCUUUCGGCAUGGGCAACACGCUGUCGUUCAUCUACGGCUCCAACUACCUCGCCGGCGCCUAUGGCAUCUACGCCGCGUCGGCCCUGGCCGGCAACGCCGUCAUGCGGUCCGUGUUUGGCGCCGCGCUGCCGCUCGCGGGGCCGGCCAUGUACGACGCCAUGACGCCACAGUGGGCAGGCACCUUCCUCGGCUUGCUGGAGGUGCUGCUGAUUCCGAUCCCCUUUGCCUUCUACCGCUACGGCGACCGGAUCCGGGAUAAGAGCAGGGUGAUUCGCCAGAUGCGGGAGGACAAGGCCAAGAGCGAGCGGCGACAGGCCAAGUGGUUGGCGAGGAAACAGCGGGCUCAGAAGAGGGAGAAAGGUGUCAGCGCCGUGGUUGUAGAGAAAGGGGCAUCGCAAGGGCAGCAGGAAUAG